AAUAAGCUACAUCCCCAGCCCUUUUAAAAUUGUUUCUUUGCAUUUUAUUUUGAGACAGUCUCACGAAGUUGCCCAGGCUGGCCUCAAACUUGAGAUCCUCCUGGCUCAGGCUCUCAAGUAGUUGAGGUAAAAGCUGUGUGCCACCAUGUCUGGCUCAAAUUUUUAAAGUUUUGUUUUGUUUUUAGUCUUCUGAACCCAAGAUUUUUCUUCAAUAAAACAAGGAUACUAUCAUUCGGGAAGAUUAAAUAAGAAUCAACAAGGGGUAGGGGUGUAGCUCAGUGGUAGGUUGCUGGCCUAGCAUGUGUGAGGUCCUGGGCCCAAUCCCCAGCAUCACACACACACACUCCCAGUGAGGAGGAGAAUAGCAACGUGGAUCACCUCUCACUGUGCCCAUAAAACAGUAAAACUCAGGCAGUUGCGUCCCUUUUCCCUAAGUGAGUGACAAACCCGGCGACCCGGGUCGGCCUAACGGGAGGUUUCUUUGGGGGUUUCCCUCAACUGCCACUAGGGGGCAGCACAGAACCGCAAAUCUCAGCCCCUUGUGGGGAGGGACUCCGGCCGGCAGUGGUUGGGGGUCGGGGUAUCUCAGGGCGAACCCGACGAUCAAGUACAGUUUGAGAGGCCGCUCCGUGUCCUGAAGCCCACAGCACAGGGUGCAGCAGGUCGGGGCGGGGUGGCCCACGCCUGUGGUCCCGGGGGGCUGAGCCCGGGCAACUCACCGAAACCCUGCGGGGAGGCAGGAGGAAGAGCGACGGAGCGCGGCCCGAGCCCGCUCAGCUGCCCGGAGUGAAGGCGGGGGCGGCCCCACCCUGCGUGACUCCGGACCCCACACGCGGACUGAGGCCCGACCCAGGAGUCCGGGGUCUUUUCCCGUGGAAACCGCGCUGCUCCGGGAAGCGGCGGGGAGGUCAGGGUGAGGCGCCGGCGCUGCUCCUCGCCCUUCCGGGCCACCCCAGUGCCCAGCUAGGGGCCUGGGGAGACCCCGGCGCGGCCCCGCAGGCUGAGGACCGGGGCCUCCCCUGCGGUCCACGACCGCCGCUCCCCGGGCGCCCCGAGCCCAGCCUGGUCCCGAACCGCUGGGGCCGCGCUGGGGCCUGGGAGCGAGGCCCGGAGCGAGCGCGGGCGCCGCAGCCCCCCGCGCUGCAGCUGCGGUCUCUUUAAGGCGCCCCCCCCGCCUCCCGUCUCUGUCGCAGCCGCCGCUGUGGCUCAGAGCUGCCCGGGAGACGCCGCUGCAGUCCGGCUUCUCGGGUACGCGGCCCUUCCCCGGGCUCGGCCCCGCGCUGAGUGGGGGCGGAGCGGACCCAGCGCCCCGGCCCCCAGGAUCGGGCCCUCGCGGCCGGGCUCAAUGGUCGUGGCUCCGCCUCCCCCGCGGCCCCACUCUCCUUCCACGGACACCCAGCCAAGCCCGGCCAUCUGGCUGGUGUCCUCCGUCCAGGCCAUCAUGGCCUCCACCGCGGGCUACAUCGUCUCCACCUCCUGCAAGCACAUCAUCGAUGACCAACACUGGCUGUCCUCUGCCUACACGCAGUUUGCAGUGCCCUACUUCAUCUAUGACAUCUACGCCAUGUUCCUCUGCCACUGGCACAAGCACCAGGUCAAAGGGCAUGGAGGGCACAACAGGGGGCCCCGAGCGCUGGGCAGCACCUGGGCUGUGGUGCGCGGCUACCUGCACAAGGAGUUCCUCAUGGUGCUCCACCAUGCCGUCAUGGUGCUGGUGUGCUUCCCGCUGUCCGUGGUGUGGCGACAGGGCAAGGGAGAUUUCUUUCUAGGCUGCAUGCUGAUGGCAGAGGUCAGCACCCCCUUUGUCUGCCUGGGAAAGAUCCUCAUCCAGUACAAGCAGCAGCACACGCUGCUGCACAAGGUGAACGGGGCCCUGAUGCUGCUCAGCUUCCUGUGCUGCCGGGUGCUGCUCUUCCCCUACCUGUAUUGGGCCUAUGGGCGCCACGCCGGCCUGCCCCUGCUCGCAGUGCCCCUCGCCAUCCCGGCCCACGUCAACCUGGGUGCUGCGCUGCUCCUCGCCCCCCAGCUCUACUGGUUCUUCCUCAUCUGCCGCGGGGCCUGCCGCCUCUUCCGGCCCCGAGGCUCCCGGCCGCCCUCUCCCUGUCAGACCCAGGACUGAGGAGGGGGCAGGGGCCAUGCCACACCCUGGGCAGGGCUCUGGGGCGGCGGGUGGGGCUGGAAGCCCUGGGCCUUGCCUUAACAGCCCCGAGACUGACAGAGGACUCAGAAGGGCAGGGGCAGCUACCCUCAGGGAUAGGGGGCAACCAGGUGACCAACUGGAAGACCGGAGGGGUCUCUUCUGGGACAGAGCCCAGGGCAGGGCUAGUGACCCUUCCCACCGGUGAGCCAGGAAAGAGGAAGGGGGCGUCCUUCCAGCCACCGCUGAGGCUGAGGGUCUGUGGGGAGAGGGGAACAAAGGACAUGGGGGCCCUGCUGCUAAGGACACCCCAGCCCCCCUGCUGCAAGCCCUCUCUGCUCCCUGCCGUCUGGGAGGAGAGGACACCCUCACUCUCCUUGUGGGCCUCAGGGGCCCAGCUGCUCCCACAGCUCUUCUGUAGGGAAUCUUAUUUAUUUUAUUUAUUCACCCAAAUUCAAACGGAUUUGCUGGGGGAGGGGGAGGGAGGUGGCUGCUCCCCCUUCGCGCCUCCGCAGUGCUGAGCAUCCGGGGGCGGGUGAGGCUCACAUCUCGCCCUCGGGCCCUGGCAUGGCCCUGGUGCUACAGACCUCUCCAGGUUUCCUCCACUCAGGUCGGGGACCCUGGGAGGUGCUUCACAGACUGCUAAUAAACAUGACCUGCGUGAACGCCA